AUGUGGGAUACAGAUACAGAGGAGAGCGUGUCAGAUGCAGAGGAGAGCGUGUCAGACUCAGGUAUUACGAUGUUGGACUCGGAGAGCAGCGAGUUGGGCUCGGAUGAGUCGGAUAUCAGCACAUCGGACUCGGAUCUCAGCACAUCGGACUCGGAGGCUAGCGCGUCUGCGCCCAGCCCAACAGAGCGCGAGGAAAGCGACUUGUGUACGAAGGUCGAGCCGUUCCCGUUCAUGAAACUUCCUACCGAGCUUCGUGCCCAGAUUUAUGGCCAUGUCUUAGUAGCUCCAUCGUCGGUCAAUCUGUCUUACUACGAGCAUCACUGUCACCGCUUCCUCCUCCGCCGCUUCAGGCGAAGAGUCCCUUCAACUGGGUUGCUUCUUGCGAGCAAGAUGGUUCACGAAGAGGUUGUACCAAUUCUCUAUAGCAACAAUCGCUUCCUGUUUGACGGUUGCGACGCCUUGUUGUGCUUUCUCUCGCAGAUCGGUAAAUCGCGCAUUUACGUCAAAUACAUCGAGCUGGGCGAUGGUUAUAUGCGCGAAUCCGCAUACGGUGCAUUCUCAAUGCUUGCGCAAUGCACGCGGCUCACCAAGCUAGCGAUCUGUACCGAGGGUUUCUACGAAGGGAAACGUGGGAGAACAAUUGCGAGAGCUUUUUACAGAGAUGCCCAGCCAUGGCUCGAAGCUGUUGGCUAUGCAAGAAGGGAUAACCUUGCUGCCCUCGAGAUGCUUCACCUGGACUGUAUCACGAUUCGAAGCCCGGACACUAAGCACGAACUUAAUCAAGUUUUCGGUGCAGACGACAUUCGAGUGCGCGAGGAGUUCUUCACGAAGCUGAAGAAGCUCCUUAACAGCAACUCCAGCAGGAUUCGGUCCCGGAGAUACUUUCUCCCCGGCUAA